AUCCAUGAAACCUCCCCUAGCAUCCCUGGUCUUAUUAUCUUAGUACGAUUAAGCCACACAUACCCCCUGCCACUAUCUGAGGGCCUCGAGCAAACAACCUAAUCUGUAUUUUGCACAGCCCCCAUCCGUGUAGCACAAUACAUAUAUUAUCAGGCUCUGGAUACCUUCAAACUCCUCAUCUCCCUUGCCUUCCAUACACCGAUUAUCGCCAUGUCCCCCCCUCGUACUCUCCGCGAAUACACGACAGAGCCAGCUGUUCUUUUUAAACUUCCUGACGAGAAGCUUCUUAGGCUUAUUCGCGAUGAAUUCGAAGAUGAGCUCUGCCGGUUGAAGAGUGCGUACUCCGUCGGCGGUAGAAGGGAAGUCAACCUACUCCCGAACUCGCCAUCUGCGAUUUUAUACGGAGAAGACUAUGAUGAAGUCAAUCGUACGCUUGUUGGGGUGUUAACCUUGAAAUGGAUUUACAAUGGAGAAUACGAUACCCUUGUUGCAAAUCAAGCUGAAGCUCUUAAACUUUCUCGCCAAUCGUUCGAAUGGAUACAUAACUUCUAUGCUGAUUCAAUUGCGAAUCCGAAUGAGUUAUACGCUCUCAUUACUUCCAUAGUGGUGAAUGAUAUAGGAAAGGAUGAACAGCUCGCCUCCGAUUACCAAAAGAAAACCGGAGAGAAUAUCGCCUCCAUGAAUCAUGAUAUGAUCCUCCUUAAGGCGGUUGAAGCUGGCGUCUUGCGUUGCUUAGAUCGUCUUUCUGGAGAAGACAGGGCUGAUAUUAUCCGCGGCAUGGAAUUGGGUGCAGAAUUUAACUUUGGGCAACUUGCCCAGGCGGAGAACGCACCAGCUUGCCUGAUUAGUCUUGAGAAGAUGAAGGGCCACGCCCGUAGCUUUCGACUCCGAUUUCAGGAGCAGCUGCUCGAUAUUGCGGGCGCAGCGGGCCACCUGGAUUGGACUUGCGCAAAGAAACUAACCCAAUCCAAUUUCGAUGCUUACCAUACUGUAUACGACGUUGGAAUGGGUAUAAUCGAGGGUGGUUUAAGUCUACGCGCGGGAUACGAUAUGGUUUUAGCGCGUCGCCUAAACUUACUUCAUGAGAAGGGCUUUCGGCUGCUUGAUCUCAAUGUUGAAGAUGAUCGUGCUUUCGCUAGGCUCUUAUGUAUGAGCAGUGUUGCUGACCUGGCGACUGCUGAAUUAUACAGCCAAGUAUGGUCGUCCCUUGAGGGGCAGGUCAGGAAAUCUUUGCGAGAGCAUCUCAACAUCGACGGCUCUAUAUCUCAGCCAGCAGUUCAAGUCACGUAUAUACCGGCACUUAUCACCCAAGCGGUUGAUAUUAGUGGCCCUUCGACCCCUGAGGAGAAGGGACGUGCGUUACGAAGUGCGCUCCACUACCUAUGCAGAGUUAUGUCUGCUCCUGAUAAGCCUGAUGGCCCGGUGAGUGUUAUCGAACGGAAUGUACUAUCUAUCAUAAAAGGGGUCGUUCAAAGUCCGCAAUUUCGUGAGGACCCUACUAUCUUAGAGACUGCCCCCAUACCCGAAAGCCUCGCAGCGAUGACGGAAUUACACGGACAAUAGUGGGGAGAUAAUGUGUUUCUGAUUAGAUGCUGCACGAGAAACGGUUGGCUUUACGGCGUUAUUCGGCUUGGGGUGACGUAGAUAUGGAGGAGAUGAUAUCGCUAUGAAGUAACGGACUGAUUACACUUUAUGCCAUUACGACUCCCACGAGUUGAAUAUCCCGUUUAGAUCUAGUAUAACUUAUCAUGAAAUUUAAAUAUAAACUUGCGGGUUUUCUAGUGUUGACUAUUACAG